CAUCUUGCGACCAGGCCGCGAGGCAGGACCUCCGACGGCAAGACGGAGUGAAGAUGCCACAACCGCCGCGUCAGAUCCCUGGUUACUAUUAUGACGUCGCCAAGGGAAAGUACUUCAAGGUGGAAAAGGCGGCCACGGCGCCGAGCAGUGCAGCCUGGUCAGCAGACAAUGCGAAGCGGCGGAGAGUCGAGGACAAGCAGGCUGCUGCGCGGCAGCACCAGAUCCGGCGGAACAAGGACCGUGUGCGCCGGGCCGCGGUCCUCGAGAGCGCCCUCACGGGAGGGUUCCUGGCUCGCGAGCUGGGCGGCACUGCUGUGGACUCUUACUCUGUCCGGCCGCGGGAGGAUGUCGUCGCCGAGUGCUUCGCCGGCGGCCUCGUCGAGAAGGGCAGCCUGCCGCUCGCUGAUGCGCGAUGGGGCGGCGGUGGUGCUGCUGCUACGCGGAGGAACGUCCAGCACAUGUAUAUUGAUGGGCAGGAUGUCAAGACUGGUGUCUGCACGGCGUUCUCGACUAUCGACGGCGACUCUUUAAUGUCGACUUAUGUGCCUCGAGAUGGGAACGGGAGAGUUCAUCGUCGACUCCUCGCGGAUUACCACACGCCGCCAACGCAUGUGGCCCCAUAUCAGGAGAUCACGGUCAGCCAGAUCUCGGACAUCAAGUGCCAUCAGCCGAGUAACCAGAUUCUCAUCACCUGCCGGUCUCCGGGCCCCGACGUGUCCAUGUGGGCGUUCUCUCCAAAGGUCACUGCCCCUGACGACCCACGGCCAAACUGGUUGUUAUCAUGGAACGGCAGCUCCGUCUACCGCUGCAUACGCACGCCGGGCCGCGGUGGCGGUGGUGGUGGAAGCUCAGCAACCAGCUCCUCCUACCAGGCCAACACGAUUGGCAUCGCACCCUCAGCCUCAAACCUGAUCGGCAUGAUCGGGACAAACAGCGGCAUCGUCCAGUGGCACGACAACGGGUCGACGAGCUGGCUGACCCCGACCUCACUGGCCCAGACACCCACACCUCCUCAUUUUGGCAGCCAUGGGAAAUACCCAGACAACCCCUUCCGGGACAUCUUCGCGAUCGACUUUGCGCAGGGCAGCGCACAGGUCGCCCUGUUCGGAGGGCGGCCCGGGUCGCUCUGGAUUGGCGACCUGAGGACACGCCCGGAGGCGUGGGACAGUAUAGCUGUGCCGAGCUCUAUUGCUCAUGUCCGGAGCGUGAGGGAGCAUCAGGUCCUCGUCGCGGGGCUGAAGAACACCCUGGCAUUGUAUGAUCUGCGGUUCCGUAAGCCGGACAAGACGGAGAGAGAGGGAAAUCAGCAGCAGCAGCAGCAGCGGCAGCAGAAGCUUGACGGGCGUCCUAGCGUGCUCUAUGACAGUCGCGGGCGUGGCCGCGAUCGUAGUCGUGGUCGCGGUCAGGGCCAAACCCGGGGCGGCCAAAAGAUUCGAAAUAACUAUCACGAUAAUGCUUACAGCAGCAGCAGCAGCAGCAGCAGCAGCAGCAGCAGCAGCAGCAGCAGCAGCAGCAGCAGCGGCAGCAGCAACAACAGGAACGCAGACCGCCCCGUCCUGCGCUUCCGCGAGUACCGCAACGCCGCCCACGUGGACAUCGGGUUCGACUACGACCCGGACUCGGGCGUCGUCGCGGCGGCCCACGACGACGGCAAGAUCGCGCUCUACUCGGUCCGCACGGGGCACCGGCUGCUCGGACGCUCCCCCGCGCUGCCGCCGCCGAUUCUCUCGCCUACAUUCUCUUCCUCCUCCGCGGCAACAACGACACACCGUGCGGAGUCAUUAUCAGCGUCGUCUUUAUCACUGUCCUCCUCCUCCUUCUCCUCGUCAUUAACAACGCAGCUAGGCAACAAUAAUAGUGGUGGUAGUAGUGGUGGUGGCGGCGCGAGGACGAUGAACGGCAGCAGCAGCAGCAGCGGCGACAUCAACCAGGUCUACUCGGAGCGGGGGCCGAUCCAGAGCAUCCAGUGGCAGAGGUUCCCGCGGGACCAGGUCUCGUCGCUGUUUGUCGGCGUGCAGAGCAACAUCAACGUGUACUCGUUUGGCGUGCGAGAUUUCGAGGACGAGGCGUGAUCAGUCAGAUAAGGGGGGGGGGGGUUGGUUUGGAGCCUUAGCCAUGGAGACGAAGCUUGCUUCGUCAAGUUUAGCAAAGUCGCUCGGGAAGCUCGGGCUUGACCUUGGAAAUAAGGUAAGGGGUGCGCUGCUCCCUUCAAAUUACAUGCGUACAUACAAUGAGAUCUACGCAGCUUGCGUCUGCAGAUUCCCCUUUGGUGCUAUUGUACAGAACCUGCCCCUUUUCCACAAUUUCUGCCUACCAACCAACCAACCCAUCACGGGGAUCCAAAUGAUCCAU